CUGAAGUGAGGCUGACUAUGUCCACACGGGCUGCUUUCCUGCUGCUCUGGGGCCUCGCCCUGGGCAGAGUGACGGAGGAGGCAGUCCUAAUUGACACAAGGGCCAACCUAUGGGCAGAGGCUGAGUCCCUGCUGAAACCUGGGGCCAUUGUGACACUGACAUGCCAGAGCGUCCUGAGGACACAGGAGUUCCAGCUGUUCAAGGAUGGGGUGCCCCAGGAGCCAGUGCGCCUGGACUCACCUGCCUUUGAGCACCGGUUCCUACUAGGAGCAGUAAUCAAUGACACCCGGGGCCUCUACCGAUGCCGCUACAGCACAGAUGGCGGGUGGAUGGGGCUCAGCAACCUGGUGGAGUUGACUGGAACAGAGCCCCUGCCCCCACCCUUGCUCUCAACCGAGACGGUCUCCUGGAUCACAAUGGGCCUGAACACGACACUGCUCUGCCUUGGGGGGCUUCGGGGUGUAACCUUCCUGCUGAGGCGGGAAGGCGAUGACCAGUUUCUGGAGGUGGCUGAGGCCCCAAAGGCUAUGCAGGCAACCUUCUCAGUCCACCGGGCUGGCAACUACAGCUGCAGCUACCGGAUCCAUGCAGCAGGUGCCCUCUCUGAACCCAGUGCCACUGUGACCAUAGAGGAGCUGGCCAGGCUGCCACCACCCACGCUGACUCUCGAAAGGGAGUCCUCUGAGGUCCUGCGCCCGGGCUCGCCCGCAACCCUCACCUGUGUGGCGCCCCUGAGCGGUGUGGACUUCCAGCUGCGGCGGGGUGAGGAGGUGCUGCAGGUACUCAUGUCCAGUACCAGCCCAGACCGUAUCUUCUUCCACCUGGACAAGCUGGCCCUGGGGGAUAGCCAUGUCUACACCUGUCGCUACCGGCUGCAUGGUGAGCUAAUGCCCUGGUCCUUGGACAGCGCGCCGGCUGAGCUGGUUCUGAGUGACGGGACGCUCCCAGCGCCGGAGCUAUCGGCUGAGCCCGCGGUUCUGAGCCCCAAGCCCGGCACGCUGGUGCAGCUGCAGUGCUGGGCACCCCGCACCGGCGUGCGCUUCGCCCUGGUGCGCGAGAAUGCGGGCAGGCGCCUGGUGCACAGUCUCUUGAGCCCCGCGGGGACCAAGGCCCACUUUGAGCUGCACGAUGUCUCUGUGGUCGACUCCGCCAACUACAGCUGCAUCUACACAGACACGGCGCCGCCCUUCGCGGGCUCCGCGCCCAGCGCCCGCGUGGAGCUGCGCGUGGACGGACCGUUGCCCAAGCCGCAGCUCCGGCCCCUGUGGAGGGGGGCCGUGACUCCGGGCCGCGAUGCUGUCCUGCGCUGCGAGGGAGAGGUGCCCGACGUCACCUUCGAGCUGCUGCGGGUGGGUGAAGGGGAGCCUUCCACAAGGCAGUGGGCUGCCCAGCCCUCCGCUGACCUUGUGCUGACCUACGUGGGCCCCCAACACACCGGCAGCUACAGCUGCCGCUACCGCUCCUACUGGCCCAACCCUUUCCAGUCUGAGCUCAGCGAUCCGGUGGAGCUCCAAGUGGCAGGAAGCUGAUCCCAGUUGCAGACUGUGUCCUUGGGAAGUCCUUUCUCCAGUCUGACUCUGAUCCCUCUUGCUGCAGCUGGAAGCUGGACUCUCCCUGGUGGGAGAAGUGGAUGGCUCUCCUUCAUUCAUCCCAGGAAUUAAUAAAUGUGAAGACAGACAUUAAA